CCCUCCUGCCAGUUCGACAACUGCCAACCCCGGGACCUUUUCAUCUUUUCCCUUUUGGCUGGAAGAGCCGAGUUCAGAUCUGCCACUGCGUACCAAGACUGACACACUGAACUCUGGUUCCUCCUCUUAAAUUGAUUUCUGCUAAAAACACCGCUUUUCUCUCUUUUCCCUCCCUCUCAUCUUGUCACUCCAAGAAAACUUUUUCUCACACCCCAAAGUCAAGAGAUUCCCCUUGCCCAUCCCAUAUUAAUAUUUCCACUUUUGGAACUACUUGCAUUUUUUAAAAAGAAUUCAAGCGAGAUAUAUUUUUCUAUUGGAAAUCGACUUUCGACCGUUUGCAAAAGUUUCGCGUUAAAAAACAACAACAAAAAAAAAAACAACCUAAAAACAACUCUACCUGAUCUACACUUUGGGAACUGCUGCUUUCUUUCUCAUUUUUUUCUUUCUUUUGAUUUUUGUUUUUCCUUUUUGAAAACUUUUUCCACCUUUAAAAAAAAUGCACUACUGUGUGCUGAGCGCUUUUCUGCUCCUGCACCUGGUCGCGGUGGCGCUUAGCCUGUCUACCUGCAGCACGCUGGAUAUGGACCAGUUCAUGCGCAAGAGGAUCGAGGCGAUCCGAGGGCAGAUUCUGAGCAAGCUGAAGCUCACCAGCCCCCCAGAAGACUACCCCGAGCCCGACGAGGUGCCCCCGGAGGUGAUCUCCAUCUACAACAGCACCCGGGACUUGCUCCAGGAGAAAGCGAGCCGGCGAGCUGCCGCCUGCGAGCGCGAGAGGAGCGACGAAGAAUACUACGCCAAGGAGGUGUACAAGAUCGACAUGCCGCCCUUCUUCCCCUCCGAAACUGUCUGCCCAGUUGUUACAACACCCUCUGGCUCAGUGGGCAGCUUGUGCUCCAGACAGUCCCAGGUGCUCUGUGGGUACCUUGAUGCCAUCCCUCCUACAUUCUACAGACCCUACUUCAGAAUUGUCCGAUUUGAUGUCUCAGCAAUGGAGAAGAAUGCUUCCAAUUUGGUGAAGGCAGAGUUUCGAGUCUUUCGUUUGCAGAACCCAAAAGCCAGAGUGCCUGAGCAACGGAUAGAACUGUAUCAGAUCCUGAAAUCCAAAGACCUAACAUCCCCAACUCAGCGCUACAUUGACAGCAAAGUAGUGAAAACACGAGCUGAAGGCGAAUGGCUGUCCUUUGACGUAACUGAUGCUGUUCAUGAAUGGCUUCACCAUAAAGAUAGGAAUCUGGGAUUUAAAAUAAGUUUGCACUGUCCGUGCUGUACCUUUGUACCAUCCAACAAUUACAUCAUUCCAAAUAAAAGCGAAGAACUAGAAGCAAGAUUUGCAGGUAUUGAUGGCACCUCCACAUAUACCAGUGGUGAUCAGAAAACUAUAAAGUCCACUAGGAAAAAAAACAGUGGGAAGACCCCACAUCUCCUGCUAAUGUUAUUGCCCUCCUACAGACUUGAGUCACAACAGUCCAACCGGCGGAAGAAGCGUGCCUUGGAUGCCGCCUAUUGCUUUAGGAAUGUGCAGGAUAAUUGCUGCCUACGUCCACUUUAUAUUGAUUUCAAGAGGGAUCUUGGGUGGAAAUGGAUACAUGAACCUAAAGGGUACAAUGCUAACUUCUGUGCUGGCGCGUGCCCUUAUCUGUGGAGUUCAGACACUCAGCAUAGUAGGGUUCUCAGUUUAUACAAUACCAUAAAUCCUGAAGCGUCUGCAUCUCCUUGCUGUGUGUCACAGGAUUUAGAACCGCUGACCAUUCUUUACUAUAUUGGUAAAACACCCAAGAUUGAACAGCUGUCGAAUAUGAUCGUGAAGUCCUGCAAGUGCAGCUAAAAUUCUUGUAGGAGUAGCAGGACAAGAAUCAAAUGAUGAUGACGAUGAUAGUGGCGGCGAUGAUGCUGUAACCAGAAAAUAUGAGAGCCUUGGUUCAUCAGUGUUAAAAAAAUUUGGGGGAAAAAAAAGCGGUACUAGUUCAAACACUUUGCAAGUUUGUGUUUUGUUUGUUACAACUGGCAUCUGAAACAAAAACAAAACAAGUUGAAGGCCUUAUUCUACAUUCACCAACUCUGUAAGUGAGAAAAAAACAAGAAGCAAAACCUUUUGUUUUUUGUUUGCGCUAUUUUUUAAGGAAAAAAAAAUAAACACUGGAAGAAUUUGUUAGUGUUAAUUAUGUGAAAGAAAAAAAAAAUAAAAACAGGAAAAUCCCAGUAAGUGGAGUUGCUGUACGUACCAAUCCUAUCGCAUGCCUCACUUGAUUGGUCUGUAUUGCUAUGCAAUAGGCACCCUUCCCAUUCUUACUCUUAGAGUUAACAAUGAGUUAUUUAUUGUGUGUUGCUAUAUAAUGAACAUUUCAUUACCCUUGGAAAACAAAACAGGUGUAUAAAGUGGAGACCAAAUGCUUUGCCAAACUCAUGGAUGGCUUAAGGAACUUGAACUCAACCAAGCCAAGGGGAGAAAAAAAAAGAGGUCAUGUUAAUGUGAUGAAAACUCAAGAGAGUUUAUUGACCAAGCAAGUCUGCAUUAGGAUGAAGACUCUGAAAGCACAUACUAUGUACCAGCUGCCUAAGGAAACUUCUUGUAAGGUCAAAUACCGAAAAGCCUGUUAAUAAAGGAAACUUUCAGUC